UAAAUCCUGAGUUCAGACGUUAUAAUAUCAUUUGGAGCAGAAAUCCAGUGAAAAAUGGGGUGAGAAUGUGUUUCCGAGAAAGAUAGAGCUACUGACAGAUCAUGAUGAUAAUCUUCCAUCCAAAAGUGCUGUCCCAGUCCUAGAGAAAAUGGUAGAUUUUGGAGAAUCAACACGUGAAAUAACAUUUAAUGAGAAUAAACAGCAAGGCAAAGAAACAGUUGAUGACAAGAGAAGCGAAAUUUCGACAGUUCGAAAGGAUGGUGGUGGCGCAAGUUUUAUAUUUAUUGAAAGAACAUUGAUGAACUUAACUAAAGAUUCGGGCGACAACGUUAGAAUGCGCUGUGAAGUGAGGGGUGAUCCUGUGCCGAAAAUUCGAUGGUACAAGAACGAAGCCCCUUUAGAACAAGAGAGGGGCAAAGUGGAAGUCAGGAAGUACACAGUUUCCGAUGGGCGAAUCGGUUCACGCCUCAGGAUCAAUCAUGUGGACAUUCAUGACACUGGGUACUACAAAUGUGAAGCCUCAAACGAUUGGCAUACUGUGGAAACCACUGGAAUAUUGGUCGUCAAAGCUGGUCGCAUUCAUUCUCCAUCUAUCAUUCCUGAUUUUCCGCCGCCUUUUCCACAUUUUCCAGCUUUAGGCGGAAGGUAAGUGAUUUCUGGUUCAUCUGUUAUUUUUACCAAAAAACCAAGGUUUGUUUAUUGCUUCGC